CCCUGCUAUGGGAUGUCAACGAUGUCAAAUCGUGUGCGGCGAAAUCAACAAAAUAUUCCUUUCGUGUGUUCUUUUCGUUAUUUUACAUCUUUUUAGACGCUUGCCUAUAAUAUUACUAUUUUAACUUAGUUUAACAGCUAAACAGUAUCCAAAAAGCUUGAACGCGUUUCGCAGUGAUGGCGAAUCGUACGGUGAAGGACGCCAAAAAUGUUCACGGCACCAAUCCACAGUAUUUGAUCGAGAAAAUCAUCCGUUCUCGCAUCUACGAUUCCAAGUACUGGAAGGAGCAAUGUUUUGCUCUUACCGCCGAACUGUUGGUGGACAAGGCAAUGGACAUACGUUUUCUUGGUGGCGUAUUUGGAGGAAAUAUUAAGCCCACACCGUUUCUGUGUCUAACGCUGAAAAUGCUACAAAUUCAGCCUGAGAAGGACAUCGUGGUGGAGUUUAUCAAAAAUGAAGAGUUCAAGUAUGUGCGAGCACUAGGAGCGUUCUAUCUUCGGUUAACCGGGUCUUCCUUAGACUGUUACAAGUACCUGGAGCCGUUGUACAACGACAACCGCAAGCUCAGGCGACAGAAUAGGAUGGGGCAUUAUGAGCUAGUGCACAUGGAUGAGUUUAUCGACGAUUUGCUUCGGGAGGAGCGUGUUUGCGAUAUCAUUUUGCCUCGUAUUCAGAAGCGACAUGUCUUAGAGGAGAAUAAUGAAUUAGAACCCAAAGUUUCCGCUCUGGACGAUGAUUUGGACGAAGAAAUGCCUAGUGACGAUGAAAAUUUGGAAGAAAUCGCGGAGGCACUGAAAGCUAAGGAAAGGGGAAAGAAAAUGGAAACUAUCAAGACCAGGGAGAGCAAACGAGAUCGAUCGGCAUCCAGGGAACGACAAAUGGAGAAGCCAAAAGAAGCGGGUGGAACUCAUAGAGACCGGGGUCCUGAGCGGCACCGGGAUUAUGAUAGAAGCCGGGACUACGAGCGGCGGGAACCACUGGCCGAUCAUCGCUACAAAGAACGAGAAGCGCGUGAGAAAGAUCGUGACCGUCAACGACGUCAUGACAGAGAUCGCCAAGAUGAUCGUGAUCGAAGGCAUGCUGAUAGAGACAGAGAGCGAGAAAAGGAUCGUGACAGAGACUAUCGGGAACGAGACUACGAUAGGAAUCGAGAACGCGAAUAUGAACGAGAGCGCGAUUACGAUAGACGAAGACGUUAGUCCAAUGUCUUGAAUAAUAUGCUAUAGCAUUACAACAUAACUAAA